GAACUGAUGGCCCCUCUCUGACCGGACAUCGCCAAUCGAAUCGAUAGUCGCGAGAUAGGCUCAAAACAACUCGGAAUGAGCUAUAGAUACAAUUCAUAUUCCCUUCUUGUUGAUUCUACUCGGUAGACGCUCUGUGAGGCCAUGGACAUCAUUGCAAAAAAUCCGGAAACGAAUAUCGAUAAGAUCAAUCUUCUCACGCUGAGCGCUUUCGUGCCCAUUCUCGACGAAAGGCGAGCAGAAAUCGAGAAGAUCGAGAAGAAGACUUUCAAGUAUGGCCAGCGACACAGACACAACUUGGAUGUAUAUUACCCCGACCAGCCGGCUCUAACUCCAAACGCAAAAGUCCCCGUGCUAUUCUUCGUCUACGGUGGUGGCUACAACACUGGCUCCAGGCAAUUUCCACCUCCAUACGAGAUGGGGUACCUUGCCCUCGGCUCGUUUUUCGCCCAGCGCGGCUUCAUCACCGUCAUACCAGACUACCGACUCGUCCCGGAAGCCCGCUUUCCUGCAGCUUCACAGGACAUCCGCGAUGCGAUCAUAUGGGUCAAAGACAACGCCGAGACAAUUAGAUCUUCUUCGACCGGCUCGACUCAGGAGCUCGAUCCAGAGCACAUCUUCGUGAUGGGCCAUUCGGCGGGCGCAGCACAUGUCAAGGUGAUGACGAUGUACGAGGAACUGCGCAAGACACUCCCGCCGCUCCGGGGUGUGAUAUGGAACGCAGGGCCCUGGUUCUUCGACGUGCGAGGAGAAUCAUUUCAUACGAGUGGACCGGUGAGAUUUUAUUUCGGGACUCCAGAGCAGCAGCGCGAGCGUGAACCACGAACCCUAUGGAACAAUUUGACGGACGAAGAGAUCCAGGCGCACCCAGAAAUUUUGUUGGUCCAGGCGGAGAGGGAGCCUGAUUGGCUGCAAGUUACUGGAUUAGAAAUCAUGAAGGAUCUAAAGAGGCGGCUGGGGAGGGAACCAAAGAGAAUUAUUGGCGUUGGACACAAUCAUGUUAGUCCAAACUGGGCUCUUUGCUCGGGACAAGGAGAACAGUGGGGGCAUGAAGUUACGGAGUGGAUGAAGGAGAGAAUCGUCGCGAGCACUGGCUCCUGACAGACUCUGCUCGGAACGAUCGAGGCUCUGUUGGAGAUCUGCUUAUAGACAAAUGCAACCACAUAAUACAACUCAAUUACUGCCACCAGGC